CUUUCCAGUUGGAGUUGUAGGGCGGUGUCUGGCUCUUGAGUUUCCUAGGGAAGCACCAGGCUACUACUUCUAUUGUGUGUCGCUCUCUCGACCUCCUCUCUCCCUUGGGGUGUUUUAGGAAAAAGGCUACGUUUCUUUGUAGUCCGGAUUAAUCCUUUCAGCUAAUAACAGGAGAGCAGGCCGGCUCCCGUAAAGCAGGAAGAAUUUCUGAAAACCGGAGUAGUACUCAGAAUCAUGGGACACCCCCCUCUGGAGUUCAGCGACUGCUACCUGGACAGCCCUGAUUUCCGUGAGAGACUCAAAUGUUAUGAGCAGGAAUUGGAAAGGACGAAUAAAUUCAUAAAAGACGUGAUCAAAGAUGGCAACGCGCUUAUCAGCUCAAUGAGAAAUUAUUCCUCAGCUGUUCAGAAAUUUUCCCAGACACUGCAGUCCUUCCAGUUUGACUUCAUUGGAGAUACACUAACUGAUGAUGAGAUUAACAUUGCUGAAUCCUUUAAAGAAUUUGCUGAGUUGCUUAAUGAAGUAGAAAAUGAGAGGAUGAUGAUGGUACAAAAUGCUAGUGAUUUGCUGAUCAAACCCCUGGAAAAUUUCAGGAAGGAACAAAUAGGCUUUACCAAGGAGCGGAAAAAGAAAUUUGAGAAGGACGCUGAGAGGUUUUAUUCCUUACUAGACCGACAUUUACAUCUAUCUUCCAAAAAAAAAGAAUCUCAGUUACAAGAGGCAGACCUCCAGGUGGACAAGGAGAGACAGAAUUUCUUUGAAUCCUCUCUUGAUUAUGUUUAUCAAAUCCAGGAAGUUCAGGAGUCCAAGAAGUUUAAUAUUGUGGAGCCAGUUUUGGCCUUUCUUCAUAGUCUUUUCAUUUCCAACAACUUGACUGUAGAACUCACACAAGAUUUCCUCCCAUACAAACAACAACUGCAACUUAGUUUGCAAAAUACAAGAAACCACUUUUCCAGUACCCGGGAAGAGAUGGAAGAACUUAAGAAAAGGAUGAAAGAAGCUCCUCAAACAUGCAAACUUCCGGGACAGCCAACCAUUGAAGGAUAUCUUUAUACACAAGAGAAAUGGGCUUUGGGAAUAUCCUGGGUGAAAUACUACUGCCAAUAUCAAAAAGAGACCAAAAUACUCAUCAUGAUACCCAUGGAGCAGAAAUCAGGUGCUAAGCAGGGACCCUUGGAGUUAACUUUGAAAAACUGCGUGAGAAGGAAGACAGAGUCUAUCGACAAACGAUUCUGUUUUGAUAUAGAAACAAAUGAAAGGUCAGGAACCAUCACUUUGCAGGCCCUUUCAGAACCUAACAGAAGACUAUGGAUGGAGGCCAUGGAUGGUAAAGAGCCUAUAUACCGCAGCCCCAUAACAAAACAGGAAGAAAUGGAGCUAAAUGAAGUUGGGUUCAAAUUUGUUAGGAAGUGCAUCAAUGUCAUUGAGACUAAAGGGAUCAAGACGGAGGGAUUGUACCGCACAGUGGGCAGCAAUAUUCAGGUUCAGAAGCUGCUGAGUGCUUUUUUUGAUCCUAAAUGCCCAGGAGAUAUUGAUUUUCACAAUAGUGACUGGGACAUUAAGACAAUCACCAGCUCAUUGAAAUUUUACCUCAGGAACCUUUCUGAACCUGUUAUGACCUACAGACUUCAUAAAGAGUUGGUCUCUGCAGCCAAGUCUGACAACUUGGAUUACCGUCUAGGAGCUAUUCACUCCCUAGUUUAUAAGCUACCAGAAAAGAAUCGAGAGAUGCUAGAACUUCUCAUAAGGCACUUGGUCAAUGUGUGUGAGCACAGCAAAGAGAAUCUUAUGAGUCCCUCCAAUAUGGGAGUGAUCUUUGGACCUACUCUGAUGAGAGCUCAGGAGGAUACAGUGGCUGCCAUGAUGAACAUCAAAUUUCAAAACAUUGUGGUGGAAAUCCUAAUUGAGCACUUCCUUAAGAUCUGUUCAGGUCCACCUGAGGAAAAUGUUGCACCCCCAGUUCCUCCACCUAGAGUGACAACAAGAAGGCAUAAACCAAUCACAAUUUCAAAGCGCUUACUGAGAGAAAGGACGGUUUUCUAUACAUCUUACCUGGAAGAAAGUGAAGAUGUAAUCCAACAUCAAACACCCAAUGGUGCUAUCGCCAGCAAUAUAGAUAUGUCCAAGCCACCACAAUACUCUAAGCUGUCUGUUCAGAGGAGUGGAGAAGCUAAUACUGAGAGGAAGUCCCCAACUCGACCUGGUUCAGAUGGCAAGUUGGAGUCUUUGCCUGAGGUCGAUGUGGGGAAAUUGUCUAAGCUGCAAGAUUUUGGAAUCAAGGCAUUGCCAAAGGCUACCAAUGGACCUGGGCUUGUGAAGGCUCCCUCUUUCCACAUAAAAAGACUAGCUCCUCGCCCCUUGGUUCACUACAAAGAAGGAGACUCUGACAGUUUCAGCAAAGUGAGGCCUCCAGGAGAAAAGCCAACCAUCAUACGUCCCCCAGUGAGACCUCCUGACCCUCCUUGCAGGGCUACUACCCAGAAAUCACAACCAAAGUCAGAUAUUGGAAUGGGCAAUACAGAAGAUAUCACAUCAUCUGUAGUGGCUUCCAGGACCAGGUUCUUUGAAAAAGCUUCCCGCAAAACAGGAAGGUAAGAGACAGUUGUCAAGGAAGACUGACUGGAGAUGAGAGUUGAGGCAAUAGGUUUUAAAAGCCUGGGACCCAGGAGACUCUUUUCAGUUCUGGAAUGAUCAUCUUCAAACUUUUAUUUGCUGAGUGAUUUUGUACUGAAGAGCAACUUCUUCUUUCCCCCAUAACUUCAGAGUCUGGGGCACUGAAAUAAAAGGGGUGCAUGUCCUAGAAAUAGGUUUAUUUCUCCUUUACAUUAUCAAUCCAUUCCUUUAUAAGUUCUUCUUGAACUCAUAUAUGGUGUGAAGACUGAAAUGACACUACCCACUCACCUGAAUUGAAGAGAAGAACAGUUUUCAACUCCUCUCUGUACUUACCAGAUCUUCACAAAGCCAACAAAUUCUGAAGGAUUAUGAGUAAUGACUCAUACUUACCCUGAACUGAGAGCUAAUUGAUUUGGAGCCAUUACUUACCUUAAAAGUAAGAGAAAAAGAAUGUUUGCUGAACAAUGAAGAAUUUUUACAUGUAUCUUACUGAGGAUAUGGACCUUAAUGCUAACUUGAAUUCUGGUACUGCAAAGUAUUGCCAAGAACUUUUCUUUUCUGUUUCAUUCCCAUGCAACUCCUACAUGUGGACUCAAAAAGGUGACCUUACUGCUUCAAAACACGCUUUGCAUGUCAAAUUCUAA